AUAAUUUUGAAAUCUCACAAUAGUCUUACUUUGACCAGUUUUGUCAACAUGCCACGGACAUAAAUACGCGAUCAACUUGGGCGGGGGGAGGCAAUUAAUUAACUAAUUACGGAGUAACGAGGAAGAUGAUAGGAUUGAUGCUUCUUCUUCUCUCAACUCUGGCAGUCAAUGCCGGAAGCUCCUCCCAGCCUCCGCCGCCACCUCCGGCGGGUCUGCCGCCGUGUUAUACCCUGCCGCCGACUUUCUGUCCCUCAUGUGGAGCCGGGAUGGUCACAGAGCUUGGUGGCCUCAGAGCCUAUGUCACCGGUCCUUCCGAUUCCAAGAAAGCGAUUCUUAUGAUCUCUGAUAUCUAUGGCGAUGAACCCCCCGUUUUCAGAAGUGUUGCAGACAAAAUUUCAGGUGCUGGGUUCUUAGUUGUGGCGCCUGAUUUCUUCCACGGUGACGCUGCUAACCCAAGCAACCCUAAAUAUGACAAAGCUACUUGGAAACUAAAUCACCCCGCGGAAAAAGGAUAUGCAGAUGCAAAACUUGUGAUUUCUGCUUUGAAAGAAAUGGGUAUAUCUAUGGUUGGGGUAGCAGGUUUUUGCUGGGGAGGAAAAGUAGCAGUGAAAGUGGCAAAUGACACAAAAGAAGUUCAGGCUGCAGUUCUGUUGCAUCCUAGUGAUGUCACGGCAGACGAGAUGAAAGCGGUUGAAGUGCCAAUAGCAAUUUUGGGAGCUGAACGCGACAAUGGUUUGCCACAAGACCAGAUGAAUCUUUUUGAUCAGAUCUUGUCAUCUAAUAAGAUUGAACACCGUGUGAAAACGUACCCGGGUGUUUGUCACGGAUGGACCAUUAGGUACUUCCACAACGACCCUUUUGCUGUCAAUAGCGCGGCAGAAGCGCAUGCAGACAUGAUCAACUGGUUUGAAAAACAUGUCGCCCUCAAGUCCAUGGAAGACGAAACUUCAGAAGGCCCAACUUGUUAAAUCUAAUUACAGAGUAGUAUUACUCAAUUAUACAGGAGUGGUACCUAAUACUAUGAGUUACUCAUCAGCAUCAGUGUUGGUUGUGUUUUAACUCUGAAGAAGAGGAUUAAUUAAUUGCUGUACUCUUGUACCACAAUUAUUCAUCAGAAUCAUUCGUUGUUUAUGUUUUAUUCUG